AAAAGGUGGAAGAGAUCGCCUCAUUUGAUAGAUUAGGGAGUUGUGUUCCAAAGUCGUGCAUCUAUCUGCCCGCAUCUUUGCACCAAAACAAAAGAAAGAAGACAAAAGCCAGCCUCUUUCUUCCUUCCUUUCUCAGACCGUCUCGCUAGUCUUUAUUCGCUUCCUUCUCUCCCUGAUUGCUCUCUCCAUGUCCGGGGAGAGAACCGAGCCCUACCUCCAUGGCCACUACGACGAUCUCUUCUCCAUCUUCUCCCAGAAGCCAGGCGGUGGUAGAGCCGACGGUCUUCAAGGUUUCGAUCAUCAGAUGGCGUCUCAUGUCCUGAGCCCGAGUGACCGCUUGCAUGGGUCGCCGAUGGACUACCUCCUGCUAGCUCGAGGCUUCGAUUUCUCGAGCUCGCAGCCAGAUGAUCUAGUGGUAGGUAGUCGCAGGAGCAAGACCGCUCCGGCCGGGGGAAGCGAUGGGAAGACUCUGGUGACGCCCAACUUUUCCACGUCUUCGUCAUCGACGGAGCUGGUGGGCGAAGAAGACUCGGGGCCUCGCAAGACGGAUCAGCGGAAGCAGGAGGAGGAAGAGGAGGAGAAGCAGGCGGAGGGGGGUGAAGAAGGGCCUGACGAGUUCAAGAAAGCGAACAAUCCAAGGAGGAAGAAAGGAGAGAAGAGGGAGAGGGAGCCUCGGUUUGCGUUCAUGACCAGGAGUGAGGUGGAUCACCUGGAAGAUGGCUAUCGGUGGAGGAAGUACGGCCAGAAGGCAGUCAAGAACAGCGCUUAUCCAAGAAGCUACUACCGAUGCACAGCCCAAAGUUGCGAUGUGAAGAAGAGAGUGGAGAGAUCACACCAGGAUCCAACAGUCGUGAUCACCACCUACGAAGGGCACCACACUCAUCACAGUCCUGUGAACGUCUGGGGCAGCACAUACUCGUCGUCACCCUCACCGGCGAUGCCGAUGGACCUUCGCCACGACCUUCUGUUGCAGCAAGCCUUCCCGGCGGGAUACACGAACCCUAAUAUGCAUUUGCCAAGGCCACCAACUCCAGACUAUGGUCUCUUGCAGGACAUUGUUACCUCCUUCGAUCACAGCAGCCAACGAUAGUAUGAAUGCUUUUCUCUACCUUUGCGCUCCUUGUGCGCGUAGUAGUUUAAGUGCAAGAACAGUGUCUAAUCAAUCCAUGGUGUGUGUAUAUUAUACAUGGAAACUCUGAUCGAAUUCCAAACUCACUCUAUUAUUCGGAGAGUAGUCUUGUUUGCU